GCAAUCACUCUCAUUUCUCCUCGUUACUUCUAUCGCGUCCAUCCUACAUCUUCUUUUCUACUUCCCCUUUACAUUCUCCUGAGACCAUCACCAUCAUCAUGGCCGACUUCCAGUCCAUCGCUCAACAGUUCGUUACCUUCUACUAUCAGACCUUUGAUGGUAACCGUGCUGGCCUUGCGCCUCUCUACCGCGACCAUUCCAUGCUCACCUUCGAGACAUCUGCCAUCCAAGGUGUGGCUGGUAUCAUUGAGAAGCUCACUUCUCUGCCUUUCCAGAAGGUGCAACAUCAGGUUUCGACCCUAGAUGCUCAGCCCUCCGGUGAGCAUGGUGGCAUCUUGGUCUUGGUUACGGGUGCUCUCCUGGUCGAUGAGGAAAAGAACCCCAUGAACUACACACAGACCUUCCAGCUUAUGCCUGAUGGUGCUGGAAGCUACUUCGUCCUCAACGAUGUCUUCCGUUUGAUCUACAACGCUUAAAUGAUAUAUGUACGAGAAAUUGGAGGGGGACCGUUAUCCUAAUAGGAGAAGAAUUUAUGAAUAUUAUGAUUUAGAGGAUGGAACAAUUAGGUCGGCUUUCUCACUAGUUGUCUGCUGAUGCUGAGGCAUCGCUCCUGUUUCCGCCCGCUUCUAUGAGAUUCCACUUGGUAUACUCUUGAAUGAAUUUACUGAGCUGCACUUCUCAGGAUUCUUCUGUUGGCCUUGGAUAUUUUGAGAGGCUGAUCAUCCUGUAUUAUUCUAUAGUAAAUCUGAUCAGACAUGCUAUUUACUUACAUAAACUCUCGCAACUCGCCAAGCCGGUGGGCCAACAAGGUUGCGCAGUAUUCGGUUGCAAUAUAUGAUACAUUGGUCGGUCAUGGACGGAAUCAAACACCUAUUUACCGGCAAAGCCGUAUCAACGGCUGUCUCGGAGAAGUGGCGUUUCUUCAUAUGGGCCGUCCUCAUCUUGGGCAUCACUGUUUUCACCAGGCUGGCUUGGUGCGGUGUCCUUGUUAUAGUCGUGGCUAUGGCCUUUAUUGGGGCCAAGAUACUCGAAGAACACACAUAGGACAAGGAGUGUGCCCUGUAAGCACGCCGUGACGAUUAGAAUACCCCACGUGCUCCAGCCCUUGC